AUGAACUCUUCUGAGGUGGACAGCAGGUAUGCUUGGGUGAUAGUAGCAGCAGUGUUCUGGAACAAUGCUCACCAUUGGGGGAUUCUAUCUAGCUACGGCGUCUUCCUCGCCUACUUUACCUCGCAGUCUACGUUCCCCGGGAGUCGCACUCUCGAUUAUGCCUUUAUCGGAGGACUUUCCGCCUCACAGGCACUGUUCAUCUCGCCGUUAGUCACCGUCCUUCACCGCCGCAUAGGCCUCAAAGCCACCAUGGCUCUGGGCGUUUUGCUUGAAACUGCUGCCUUUUUGGGCGCCUCUUGGAGUAAUCAAAUCUGGCAACUCUAUCUAAGCCAAGGCGUCUGCUUCGGCUGGGGCCUCGGAAUGCAGUACCUCUCAACGACAUACCUAAUUCCCCAAUGGUUCAAUCGCCAUCGCAGUCUCGCAGCCGGCAUUGCAACAGGCGGUAGCGGAACAGGAGGCCUGAUCUACUCUCUCUCAACGCAUGCCCUGCUUGCGCGGUUCGGCCUGGGGUGGUCUUAUCGUAUCCUUGCUAUCUGCCAGCUCGUCGUCAAUGCGAUCUGUCUUCUUGUAAUCCGGGAUCGCAAAGCGGUAGCAGCACCCAACCGUUCGUUUCAUAUCAACUUCCGCCUCUGCAUCCGGUAUGAGAUGUGGUUGUACCUCGGCUGGAGCUUCUUCAGCGUUAUGGGGUUCAUGGUCAUCUGGUUUUCGUUGGCGACGUAUGGGCGCAGUGUCGGGUUGACUUCGAGUCAAGGUUCAAUUGUCACAGCGGUCAUGAAUGUUGGCCAAAUGGUGGGACGCCCUGCGGUGGGGUUCAUGUCGGAUGCCGUCGGCCGCAUCAACAUCGCUACUUUCGCAACUCUCAUCAGUGGCUUGCUUUGCCUGUUUCUCUGGACGUUUGCUCGCACUUACGCUGCUUUGAUAUGCUUUGCCUUGUUUGCAGGUGUCUUCUUCGGCACUUUCUGGACGGUUGUCGGCCCUCUUGGAGCAGAGGUUGUCGCUUUAGAGGAUCUGCAGUCAGGAUUGACGAUCAUGUGGCUGGUCUGCUCGGUCCCCGCAACGUGUGAGCGUCUCUUUCCUCUCUACCCGACGUCCUUCAGUACCAAAAUGUCCAAAGACGACGAAAUACUAAUCAGGUCGAGUACAACAGUCGGAGAAGCCAUCGGUCUCGAGCUGCGAACCUCUGGACGGCAUGAAUUCUUGCAUACGCAGCUCUUCACGGGAUUUAUGUACAUCGGCGCCGCGCUAUGCCUUGUUAUGCUCCGAGGGUGGAAGAUUGGCCAAGUCCGAAAAGGGCAGCAGCACCAGGAAGGCAUCACUACUGCAUCCCCCUCAAAUCCAAAGUAUCUGGACUUUGUUGCCGCGACACCAAAGGUAUAG